AUGCGUCCUCAAUCGCGAAACGGCUUUCGAAUCGCCAUUAUAUGCGCUUUGGCACGGGAAUUUGACGCUGUCGAGGAUUCGCUCGAUGAGCGCUAUAAUUUCACGGACUACGGAAAACAACGCGGUGAUGCAAACUUCUACUGUACAGGAAGGAUCGGUAAACAUAAUAUAGUAUUGGUAUGUUUACCAGAAAUGGGGAAACGGAAUGCUGCUAGCAUAGCUUCAACCCUACGAGUUAGCUUUGCCAAUAUUGAGCUGGCGCUCCUGGUGGGGAUAUGUGGAGGAGUGCCUUUCCCGUCACCAGAUACGGAGAUUAUUCUAGGAGACGUUAUUAUUGGCACCAAAGUUAUCGAAUAUGAUUUUGGGAAACAGUAUCCUGGCGGAUUCCAACUGAAAGGCAAUUUCCUGGAAACCAUUGGCCGAGCAGACAGAGACAUUCGAUCUAUUCUUUCGGUCCUGAAUGCCAGAAGAAUAAGGGAUGAGUUUCAAGAAAGGCAUUUAUAUCAUCUUCUGGACCUCCAAAAGUUAAGAAAUACGUGGCGAUAUCCAGGUACUAAAAAAGACCGCUUAUUCAAAACUGAAUGUCUUCAUAAACACUAUGGCCAUUCACCGGAGACAGGACCUGCUUGCGCUCUCUGUCAAUCUCACCAAGAUUCUAUCUGUGAUAAAGCACUCAAAAGUGACUGCGACGCCCUUGGGUGCACUGGAGAAGUAGUGCAGCGAGAACAAUUGAAAACAUCCGAUACACGACCCCGAAUACAUCUAGGGUCCUUCGCCUCUGGGGAUACUGUAAUGAAAUCUUCAAAACACCGCGACAGACUGGUUGAACAGACAGGAAUCAGUGGAUUCGAAAUGGAAGCGGCUGCAAUCAGCGACAGCUUGCGUUGUGUCAUAAUUAAGGGUGUUAGUGACUAUUCUGACAGUCACAAAAACGAUAUUUGGCAAAAUUAUGCUGCAGCAACUGCUGCUUCCUGUACUAAAGCAUUUCUUGAAAUUCUACGGGCCAUAAUACCGGAAGUCCCAAGCUGUUUGCCUAUUAGCCUGGGACCGCCAAAAGAAGGAGAAGAGCAAUGUCACGAACCGUCAUAUACCACGGAACUAGAUACGCCAAGUGAAGAACCCAACUACCAAUGGAAAAUCUCGUCAAUGACCUCUAGUAUCAACAAUAUGAAUCACCAUAUCAUGUCCCUUGAAGAGGAGGUGUCUCGGCUAAAUAAUGUCACAGAUCCAUUUUUGAGAAAGGUUUUGAUGUCGGCUGUUGCAGCGACGAUCAAAAACAAUUCCGACACGUUUAGGAACUCGAGAACGCGAUGCUUUCAGAGUCUACUCACUAGAUUUAGAUUCGGAACGAUAAUUUCUCAGACCCAAAGCGCGAAACAGUCAAUAACAAUCAACGGCGAGAGCUCAAUGCAAUACGAGACAACAACAACCUUCAUCUUGUAUCCUGCGUCUUGGCUGAUAAAGAUUGGUUUCAAGUAUGGAAUAGAAGCCACUACUACCAAUUCAAAGGCUGGAUGGAAAUAUAGUAUAUCACCAGUGCAGGCUGUACAAAAUGACUCCCUGAUCUUUCGUUUUUGCGAAUCUGGAAAUGUUGAUGCUGUUCGUGAACUCUUCAAGAACAAAGAGGCGUCGGUUGUGGACGUCAACUCUGAUGGGUGGAGACCGCUUCACUUCGCCACAUUUCACGGGCAUUUAGACCUAGCCAAGUUUCUAAUCUCAGAAGGCGCAGACCGGACUGCACAUUUAUAUAAAACCGAGUAUUCUGGCUGGUUCACACCAGCAUGCUUCACGGCACACGGAGGCAUAGAAAUGAUGCUUUUAUUUGACGAUCUUAUCGAUUUCCAUGGACCACAAAGCGAUGGCUGGAAUAUACUUGAUUCCACGUCCUGGGUCGACUUCUACCUUGACGAUGAACUCCAAGGUAUUGAUGUUUUAUCUUUCCUACUCUACAAGUACCGCACAGAUAUGUCUGACUAUGUUGACACCUCAAUUAUUGAUUACUGCCUGACUUGUGCUUUCCAUUUUUCAAAUGCCGAGUGUCUCCGGUUAAUAAUUGAUUCCAAACCAGAAGAGUCUCGAGAUUAUAUUUACGGGAUGCCUGCGUUUUUGUUCAUUGUCAGAGAACCCCAUAUCCCCAACGAUAUUUCACAACUAUAUUUCGACAGAGGAACAGAUAUUCACAAGGUCCACUUUGGUGAAACAGCCAUCUCUCUAUCAUUGUGGUUGUCAACGUUAUGUUCUAAAUUGUGUGCCCGUCUCGAAGAUAAUGGUCAAGACCUAAAUGAUUUGAGUAUACGCGAGACUUUGCCUGGAUCUGUGUUGGCACAAGAAAAUUGGCGCUCAGAUACACUAAAAGACUUUUUAUGCUUGACGUCCAAGUUAAAAUCCCAGCUUUAUGAUGUCAAUGGCGAUUUUGACAAGAUAAAUUGUGAUGGAUGCGAAAUAGGGGGUGAUAUAUGGUUUCAACCAUCCGUGGCGCUGCUAAUAGAACCUUAUUGGGAGGAACUGAAAUAUCGAGUGAAAACUGAACAAUGUAUCUGCUCUCUAUUACCCACUGAAUGCCCUUGUGGCAGGUCCUCGGACCCUUGGAAAAAGAGCAGCGUGAGUGAUGGGGAAGAAUACGUAUAUGUCGAUGCAUACCAAGGUUCUCUCUGUCGCUUCUGCCAAAAGAUAUAUUCAGAAAAGUCUUUGGAAACUCGAGAAGCUACUCAAGUUAUGGUUAUGUCGGACACAAAUUUCGUCAACAGCGAUGGUGCACACAAUGAGAACACGGAUGACCAAGAAUUGGAAUCGCUACGAUUAUUCCAUCUACAAAACAACACAUGGCAUGGGCAGUAUCUUCCGGGUGAAUACUACUGCCCUCUUUGUCUAGCAUUGCGAGAGCAAAUAUAUCUGGAUUUGGCAGCAAGUGUCGCGGAGAGCUAG